UAUUCUGCAACGUGUUUGCAUACCUGGCAGUCGGGCGAGUUCCAAAGUAACGCCAGGGUGGUGGAAACGUCUUGCAAGAUGGGGUACAACAUCUUCAAGGAACUGUGGUACUUCAAGAAGUCCUUCAUUUUUUGGUUUAUACCCAUCGCUGCAAGCCCGCUGCCUAUAUACUUUGGUGUGGCUGAGACGGACUUUUACAAGGAAGCAGCAUGUGCCUACGUGGUGAUCAUCAUGGCGUUUUACUGGAUGUUUGAGGUGGUGCCCCUGGCUGUCACAGCUCUCAUACCGCUCAUACUCUACCCGGUCAUGGGGGUACAGCCAUCUGGGGACGUCAGCAAGAACUAUCUCAAGGACACCAAUGUGCUAUUCCUAGGCGGCCUGAUGGUAGCAGUAGCUAUAGAACAUGUCAACCUGCACAAGAGGAUCGCACUCAGGGUUCUACUGGUCGUAGGAUCGCAGCCGAGAUGGUUGAUGCUGGGUUUCAUGAUAGCCACUGCCUUCCUGUCCAUGUGGAUCAGUAACACUGCCACCACCGCCAUGAUGACUCCUAUAGGUGCAGCCGUACUGGCGGAACUCUUCAAGGAGGAGGACGAGCAGGCGGCUAAAGACGAUGUCAUGCUGAAAGUGCGAGGAGAAAGUAAUGGAGGUCUAGAGCUCGAGACUAUGGACGUGGAGGGCCAAACUCACGUAUAUGAUGCAGUCGAAGGCGAAAACGCAACGAAAGAACAACAACAAGAAGAUGAGCCUGUGGAGCAUGGGAAACAGUCUUCCCGUCGCCAGUCCAUGCAGAAGGGCUUAAUGCUGUGUAUCGCCUACGCCGCCAACAUCGGAGGAACAGCAACCCUUACUGGCACCUCACCGAACCUCAUCGUAUCCGAGCAGAUGGAAAUAUUGUUUCCUAAUAGUCCUGGAGUUGACUUCGCCACGUGGUUCUUCUUCGCCGCUCCCGGAAUGGUCAUCACUCUGAUCCUCGCAUGGCUGUGGCUCAGUACGAUAUUUGUAGGCUGCAGGUGCGCCGAAGACUGUGCCUGCUGUGGACAGAAGAAGACAAGUGGUGCCGAAGACGUCAUCAGGAAAGCCUACGAUGAACUGGGACCAAUUUCAUUUGCGGAAGGCGGUGUGAUCUUCCAUUUCCUUCUACUGGUUCUGCUGUGGUUCUUCCGAGACUUAAAGUUUGUGGAUCUAGGAAACAGGCAGGCGGGAUGGGCGUAUUACUUCAUUCCCGGAUACGUCACCGAUGCCACCCCCGCUAUCAUCGUAUCUUUCGCCUUAUUCAUGUUUCCGUCCAAGCCACCCAGGUUCCUCUGCUGCCGCAGCAAAGAUGUGUAUCAUGUUGGUUCAGAUGAAGAGAAGCCCGGGCCGGUACCAGGCCUGCUAGACUGGCCGACCGUUCACACCAAGAUGCCGUGGCACAUCGUACUGCUGCUCGGGGGAGGAUUCGCUCUUGCUGACGGUGUAGAGAAAUCCGGACUGUCAGAAUGGUUGGGAGAUCAGUUCAGCAAGCUUGCAGGGAUCGAGGCCUGGACCAUCUGUCUGAUUGUGUGCAUCGGAGUGGCCGUUUUCACAGAGGUGGCCAGUAACGUCACAGCCACGAGCAUCUUCAUUCCCAUACUGGCUAAGAUGGCAGAGGGAGUCUGCGUGAAUCCGUACUACCUGAUGGUCCCAGCAGGCAUUGCGGCUUCCUUCGCAUUCAUGUUGCCCGUGGCAACGCCUCCAAACGCCAUCGUCUUCUCAUACGGAGGGAUCAAAGUGUCCGACAUGGUGAAGACUGGAUUCCUCAUGAACCUCACGAGUCUGUUGGUCCUCAUGGUCUCGAUCAACACACUGGGGGUUCCUAUCUACAACCUCAACACGUUCCCUGACUGGGCGGUGUGCAGGAGCGGGGCACUUGGAGCGGCCAACUCUACCAUCAACCCCACAGUCAUGACAACCACCCUGUAGAACGGACACCACGAACUUUGCAAGAACCCCGUAUUGUUUUUCGAAGAUUGAACAUCGAAAUCGAAAAGUGCCUGCGGUCCAACUGUGUUUCAUGAUAUUUAGAUAGACACAAUAGGUCAGGUUAUUUUGUUGGCUUGUUGAAGUACAAUGAGACACAAAUUCGCAUAAUUCCAGCAGGUGUCAUUAUGCCCCCUUUACAAAUCAAGAAUUUAGCUCGGCCGAGUUGUCAGCGAGCUCUAGAUUACGAGGAGGUAUGACCAUGAUGCCGACGA